CUGCCUGACCUGUUGAGUCCUUCCAGCGUCGUGUACGUAUUCUUUGACAUAUGUUAUCAUGUGCCUCUAAGUACCCCGAAUCAACAUUCUUACAUCUUCUCAACCACUGGGGUCAGACUAACAGGGCUAUAAUUUACUUCCUUUUGCCCUCCCUCCUUGAAGAGUGGAGUGACAUUUGCAGUUUUCCACUCCUCUGGAACAAUGUCAGAAUCUAUUGAUUCUUGAAAGAUGAUUCCUAAUGCCUCCACAAUCUCUUCAGCUACCUCUUUCAGAACCCUGGGGUGUAUUCCAUUUGGUCCAGGUGACUUACCCAACUUUAGACUUUUCAGCUUCCCAAGCACCUUCUUCUUAGUGAAAGCAACUUCUGCCCUGAUACUCUUGAAUUUCUGGCCCACUGCUAGUGUCUUCUACAGUGAAGAAUGAUGCAAAAGACUUAUUAACUUACUCUGCCAUUUCUUUGAUCCCCAUUACUAUUUCUCCAGUGUCAUCUUUGGCUAGCUUACCUUCAUAUUUCCUGGGCUGGACGUCCUGCUUGCUUAAGGAAGUUGAAGUGUCUCCCACAGCCUCUACUAUCCAGCUGCAGUGAUCGCCCCAGGACCAGGUCACUCACUUUCGACCUCUCCUACACUACUGUGUCCAUAGCAAUGCCUUCAAGGGCUGUCCAUGUUCUUACUGAGUUUGCUAUGUCAUGGCGCGACUGAGUGUCCAGCAGCAUAACUGGGCGGGCAGGCUGGGCUCAUCAGCCUUGGUUGGCAGCCAGCCUCGGAGAAGGACAACUCCAAUCCAAACCCGGGCAGAUGGGACUCGUUAGCCUUGCCAGGCAGUCUGUCCAGGAGAAGGAAAAUUCUGAUACUUAACCGACAGCCUUUCUGUUGCCACAACGAUCCGGACUGCAGCACAGGAGGGAAGAACGAUUGUGCUGUUACUCCUGAGGACUCCUCUUCCCUCCUGCUCUUCGCAAGCCGAUGCUGCUGAUCCAUGUGCGGGAGGGCCGUGCCCUGGUGUGGGACGCAGAGGGGGCCUCCCGCCUGCCUCGGCCCCCGGCCCUGUGGGGCCGGCCAGUGGGCUCACUGGCCCGGCAACCCCGGCAGAACACCCAGCUGGGCCUCCCCCUCAGCUUGCUGCCUGAGGAGGCAUGGCUGCUGGCUGAGGAGGGGCUGGCGCUGCUGGUGAGGGCGCCGGGGCCGGAGCAAGUGGGGGUCCGAGGAGGGGGGGAGAAAGAGGAGGAGGAGAAGCUGCAACGCUCCCACACCGAGCAGAGCCGCCUGGCCCUGUGCCAGAGGAGGAAGGAACUUGAGGCCCUCGACCAGCAGAUUCGGAGGGGGCGGCAGCUGAAGAACAAGAGACGGCCACAGGGAGAUGUCCAGGAGCCCCGUGAGGAGGAGGAGGGGUCAGAGAAAGGAGUAAAGGAGACAGAGGAGGGGGAGCCCCCAGACACCCCUGGCCCCCUGAAGGAGCUGGCCAAACUGGAGGAGACCUUCAACUUCCCGCUGGAGAGCUGCCUGGUGCAACUGCAUACUGCCUGCCCCCGCCCGCGUUCCCUGCAGCCCCUGGACUGGCGCCUGCCCUCCCCAGACUGGCCUUACCCUGGCCUCGAGUGCCACCAGCUGCGCUAUGCUGUCUUCCGGGACCUGCGGGCCCGCGGAUACCACCUCACCGCCGGCGGAAAGUUUGGCGGAGACUUCCUCGUCUACCCGGGUGACCCACUGCGGUUCCACGCUCACUUCAUCGCCCUCUGCGUCCCUUACGGCCGGCAGUUGCCGCUGCAGGAGACUGUCACGGCUGGGCGGCUCGGAUCCAACGUCAAGAAGACAGUGCUGCUGUGCUCCGUGGUGGAGGGGGGCCCGGUGGUUUACACUUCGCUGCGCUGGAGUGGGAUCUAGUGAGCGUGCCCCGGGAAUCGCCGUUACAGUGGAAUGCCUUUGGACAUGACUUUGCUGAAUAAAUUAUAUUUGGAUGCA